GCAGCAGCGACGAUGACCAUGGUCUGCCGCCAUGUGUGGAGCGACGGAAAAGCUAUAUGUAGCUGGAGACCCAGGGAUGUUCAGCAAUGCCCGCCGGACUCUUAGCUACCUCUCAGUUUCGGAUAGUAACUCUGCGAUAUAUAUCGUCAACGUCAACCCGUGCAAUGCCUUCCAACAACCAGGAAGCCAAAAAUGCUACAGGAUUGACCCCUGCUGAAACUCAGUCCCUGAAGGAGCGAAAGCCUGAGGCCCACGAAGAGGCUAUCCUGAGUGGUAUUAAACAGCUGUACACUUCAAGUCCUUCGGAGAAUGCAUACAGCAUAUAUGCCAAGACCGCUACAUUCCACGACCCUAUUGGGAUCGCCGAAGGCGUAGAGUCUAUCAAAGCACAGUUCAAUGGUUUAGCCAAGUUGUUUCCACGCGCGGAUCUUCCCCGGUUCCGCCUCCUCGAGAACCCAGCUUCGGUUCCCAAGAGUACGAUCCUCAUCGACCAGGAUGUUGCUUACUUCCGGGACCCUAAGGCUGCUUCUCCCACCAAGACCGUCAAUUCGCUCCUUACUGUGGAAACGAAUGAUUCCCACCAAGUCAUUCGUCACACAGAGGAAUGGGACCACAAGCGCGAGACUGAUCGUAGCGAUGGUUUCUUUGGCAUGCUUAAUGAGAACAGGAAGAAACUCACGGCUGGAAUCACGUCGAUGUUUGUCAGUUCAGAUCCGGGAAAGAACUGAUGGUCGUGAUUGUUAAUUGUGACAGAUGUAUGACGCAUCAUGGUAUAAUACAGAACCAUGUGCAGACGAGCCAGAAUAGAUUGAAUGCGCAUGAGCAGUCAAUUUUGAAUCAGAAUCCGAACCAGCCUUUUGCCGUUUGCUUAGCUGCGAGGGUUUUCGA